AUGGCUUGGCUUGCUUGGGUGCUCUUUGGCAUGCAGGUGCUUUGCUCCUGCACUGCUGCCCCUCCAGCCCCAGGAGCAGGGGCCGCCCUGCUGUGCCCCCGCUGCGAUGACGCCGCAGUGGAGGCAGCUGCAGACCUGGCUCUGCGCCACAUCAACGCUGACCGAGAGGAGGGCUACGUGCUCAGCCUCUACAGGAUUGUCAGCGCCCGAGAGCAGCCCCAGGAGAUCACUGGUUCUGUCUUCUAUCUCAUCUUGGAUGUAGUAGAUACUGAGUGCCAUGUACUCAGCAAAAAGUUGUGGAAGAACUGCAACACCAGACCUGAUCAUUCAACUGUUUACGGUCAAUGCAAAGCAAUUAUCUAUAUAAAUCAGGCAAGAAAUAUUGCUCAUCUGAAUACUUAUGAGUGCACUUUACAACCAGUUCCAGGCAAAUAUAUUUGGUCAAUAUGUCCCGACUGCCCCAUUGACGCUUCUCCAACCAAGCCUGAAUACUUGGAGGCUGCUGCCCAAAGCCUUGCAAAAUUCAAUGCAGAGAGUGAACAAACUCAUUACUUCUCUGUCCUCAAUGUCACAAGGGCUUCAAUGCAGUGGGUCAUUGGUCCUGCACGUUUUGUGGAGUUUUUAAUUCAGGAGACAUCUUGCUCCAAAGAUGACACGGUUGCUGACAUCUCGAUGUGUGAGCCACUUCCACCAGAAGUAGCUAAAAUCGGUUUUUGCAAAGGCUCUGUAGUAAACAGUCGCGCGGAACAGUUUGUCACAAUAUCCUGUGAAAUCUACAGUCAGCAGGAACCUGCCACUGAAGAGGAAAACCAGGAAGCUAAUCAGACACCUGGAAAAUCCAUGCAGGAUCAACAGGCUUCCCCUUCAGAUGCCAAUUCUUUUUCCCCACACCUGGAAAAAACAGUGGGCUGGGUUAAAAUUCUACCCCCUUCAAAUGAGGACAUCACUUUCCAUAGCCUACGAGAAAGUCAAAAUGAACAUAAAGACAGAAAGCCAGUUCCUCCUAAGGCUGUAGAAUCUGCCCACAGGUGUGAUGGAGAAAAUACUCAAGUAAACAAACCAGACUUGACCAAACCAGUCACUGGACCAGUUAUUCUCCCUUUUCCUGAAGAACCUUCUCUGUCAGAUUCAUGUCCAGGAGAAGCAAAGCAUCCAGAAGGCAUCCUCCAUCCUUUGAUAACUAGAAAGCCUACCACAGUCUAG